AUGGUUCUUGAGAAACACAAAAAACGCUCUGACAAACAAUCAUCCAUUGUUUGCGAAGAUGAUGAUAUUCAAAAAAUUGAAACAAUUUAUGAUGGCGAUAAUUCUCGAUUCAACGUGGAGCAAUCGGCCUGGAAACGACCACUCAAAUGGUCCAAUAUAAUCAUUCUGUCUAUCUUGCAUAUUGCCUUCAUUGUUUGUUACGUAGACGUUUGCAUCUCUCUUUUCCAUAUUGAAACAGCAGUGUUUUCAAUUGUUAUUGGUGCCAUGUCUGGUAUUGCCACAUCUGCCGGAUCUCAUCGCUUAUGGUCACAUCGAACAUUCGAAGCUAAAUGGCCACUAAAACUAUGGUUUCUUAUAUUCCAAGCAAUCACAAUGAAUGGCAGUGCUCUUUCUUAUGCUCGCGAUCAUCGAACACAUCAUAAAUAUUCGGAUACUGAUGGUGACCCAAAGAAUCCAACUCGUGGUCUAUUUUAUUCUCAUAUUGGUUGGUGGUUAGUAAAGAAAACCGAAUCAGUCAAGCAAGCCGGCCGAAAACUAGAUUUUUCCGAUCUCUAUGAAGACAAAUUGGUCUAUUUUCAGCACAAAUUUUAUAUUCCAAUUUUCAUCUUGUUUGGUAUGAUUAUUCCAACCGUUAUUCCGGUUAUUCUUUGGAAUGAAGAUCCUUGGUCAUCUUUUUCCAUUUGUGUUAUUCUUCGUAUAUUCGUAGUGUUGCAUCAUCUGUUUACGGUAAAUUCACUUGCUCAUUAUUUUGGCUAUAGACCAUACGAUUUCCGAAUACUGCCAGCCGAUCAUCGUUUUGUUAAUUAUAUUUCUUUCGGAGAAGGUCUACAUAAUUAUCAUCAUGUGUUUCCAUUCGAUUAUCGCAUCAACGAUCGUCCACAAUGGGAAUUGUUCAAUCCUCCCGGAACUUUCAUUCAUACUUGUGCUCUUUUGGGGUUGGCAUAUGAUUUAAAAAUUGCUUCACCUGCAGUAGUGAAAGGAGUUGUUAGCCGAAGAGGUGUUCGAGCAUUGUAUGAUCCAAUUCGAAGUUUGAAAUUCCGUGUCAUGAAUGCUAUAUUCGAUUGGAUAUUCGGAAUAUCAACCGCUCUAUGGCUUAUUUAUCCAGCAUUGUUUUUCAAAUUAGCAACACAACGCGUUAUCUAUAUUUGA